AUGGCGAAUAAUUCCAGUGCUACAAAUGCCUCGUUUUCUUCGCCUUCAUGGUCCCUAGCACCGGCCAGCACUGUAAUUAUCACACCGUUAGCCAUUAUUCUAAACGGAUAUGCCUUAUAUACAUUUCUUGCGAACCGCCAUCUUCACAGUCCUUUCAACGUUUACCUGGGAAGCCUAUUAUUCAGCAACCUAACUUACUCCAUCAUCUGCAAUCCGCUGGAUGUUAUCAGCGGCCUCUAUCCAACUUGGCCACUCAGUUCCGCCGCCUGCGACGCGUACAUCUACGCCCUGCUGAUCCUCGGAGCGGUGACCAUCAACUCGCACGCCCUCAUCACCGUCAAUAGACUGUGGGCCAUGACCUUUCCUGUCUCGUACCGGAAUCAUCACAAUCUGCACGCGGCUUUUGCCAGCGUUGCCGUUCUUUGGAUAUACGUCCACGUUAUCUGUUUACCGGGAGCGAUUCGGGACUCCCUGUACUUUCGGACACCGCUGCACGACAAUCCCUGUCUGUUGAAUGUAGCAGCGCAGUUUGAAUGGAAUCUGGUGAUGCAGUUUGUGGUGUACGAUUUACCCAUAGUUUUCGUUAUCGUCGCAUAUCCGUAUUUAUUAUUCAAGCACAAAAUGCGAAAUCGUGUGAGGUUCGGGAAUUCCAUUCCGAUGUCACGGUAUGCAGCAAGAUCGCGAAAUGAGAAUGGCUCGAGGUCCGGGGACACCGGUACGGGAGACCCGUCUUCCGUACUGAAGAAGGAGGUCAGUUCCGCCGCCUGCGACGCGUACAUCUACGCCCUGCUGAUCCUCGGAGCGGUGACCAUCAACUCGCACGCCCUCAUCACCGUCAAUAGACUGUGGGCCUGGAUGAAACGCCUGGAUGAUCGCUACCGGGCGUUUGUUGUAACCACGCUGUUGACUAUUUCGAUUUUAAUCUGCUGGGUGCCCAAUGUGACAUUCUUUUCGGUGACCAGUUUUCUGAUACAUGAAGUGUUCUUCGUGGCAAAAGAAUUCUUGCGCAAUGCAAUGAAACUACUGGAAUACUAA